AUGGCUUCUGUUUGCGAAACAUGCAGCUCACCUAUCAACGGAAUCGACAAAGUAGUCUGCCGUGGAAAUCGUGGUUCGAUGUUUCAUCGCACCUGCAUACCAGGAUUGCAGCGCUCUGUUUUGGAUGUGUUAUCAACCCUCAGUGAUAAUCUUUUUUGGUUAUGCGAUGAGUGCGCAAAAAGAUUCAACGACUGGUUGCGGCUCCCAGCCCCCAACGAACAUCCAGCCACCGAUACAUCAUCACUGUGUGAAGCUAUCGCUAAUUUGAAUACAGUCGUCACAAAUCUGUCGAAUCGCAUCGAGAAACACUUUCCUACCAGAGCGGCUGUUCCAGCUCAGAAGAUUUUUUAUUCUCAGCGACAGCCCGGAGAACAACCGACACCUAAGAGGAGCCGCGAAGACAAUGUGAAGUUUCGUUCUGCAGCGGCCGGUGUGUGUGGUACGAGAUCAACACAGUGCAAAAUAAAAACAGUUGCUGAUGAACGGCAGCAGUUUUGGCUCUAUGUAAGCAGAUUAGAUCCCAGUCACACAGCUGAUGAUAUCGUUUCGAUGACCCGAGAGUGCCUCGGCAUAAGUGAAGCACCUAACGUUAUUAUCCUACCAACGCCGCAAGCUCCGUUGUUAACGCCACGUCGCGAUCAGGACACGCUGGCUCAACUCUACUACCAGAACACUUGCGGCAUGAAUUCCAACAUUGACAACUAUAUGCUCGCUUUUUCGGAGGGAUGUUACGAUUUUAUCGCGCUAACGGAAACUUGGCUGGACGAUCGUACCCUAUCAUCUUAUCUGCUCGGUGACGAAUAUGAGGGUUUUCGCUGCGACCGGAGCUCACUUAACAGCCAGAAAACGAUCGGUGGAGGCGUACUUAUCGCUGUUCGUCGCCGCUUGAAAGCAAUUAUUAUCAGUGAUCCCUCGUGGAAUAUGCUUGAACAGAUUUGGGUGUCUGUCCAGCUAGCCGAUAGGAAACUAUUCAUUUGCGUUGUUUACUUCCCACCUGAUCGUACCCGUGAAAAGCAACUGAUCGAUGCCCAUCUGCAGUCUGUUUAUUCGAUAACCGCUAAAGCCAAACCGUGCGACGAAAUCAUAAUAGUUGGAGAUUUCAAUUUACCCAGUCUGCUCUGGCGCCCUUCUCGCGACGGCUUCUACUACCCCGACCCGGCUCAGUCUACUUUUCACGAUUGUGCACUGAACCUUCUUGACGGUUACAACGCCGCUGGCUUACAGCAAAUCAACGGAAAUCCUAAUGAAAACGGACGUUGCCUGGACCUUUGCUUCGUCAGUUUUAGCGAGACGGCCCCCAAGAUGGCAUACGCACCCGACCCUCUUGUUAAGACCGUACCUCACCAUCCGGCUCUUGUACUGUCUCUUGAAAAUCGAUACAGUAUCGGUCCCCCGUUUUUAUCAAACUCGACUCGAUUCAAUUUUCGUCGAGCUGACUAUGAUGGUUUGUUAAGCGCGCUACAUAACGUUGACUGGACUAAUGCUUCAAAUCCUAUCGAUAUCGACUUGGCUGUAAAUGAUUUUACAUCUAUCUGUUGCGAACUGUUAGAACGCUUUGUUCCCAAAGUACGCAAUCAGAAGUAUCUUCCCUGGCAAUCAUCAGCACUACGUCGCCUGAAAUCGUUGAAAAACGCUGCACUGAGAAGAUUUUCAGCAAGUGGUACGCUUUGUUUACGCGAUCACUAUCGUCAAGUUAAUUAUGAGUACAAAAGAUUACGACGACGUUGCUACUCUAAUUAUAGACGGCUCAUGGAAAAAAAGUUAAAGACAGACCCCAAGAAGUUUUGGAAUUUCGUCAACAUGCAGCGGAAGCAAGCUGGCCUGCCUUCUACUAUGGAGCUUGCUGGUGAGAGAGCAGAUUGCUCCAGCGCAAUGUGCAAACUGUUUGCCAAGAAAUUUUCGAGCGUAUUCAGUUAUGAAGUUCUCACUGAAGAUCAAGUUUUCGAAGCUGCCAAUAAUGUUCCCGUUACUGGACGUUCCAUCGCCUCCAUCAACAUCGAUGACACUAUGAUUAUUGCUGCCGCUACUAAACUUAAACACUCUUUCUCUCCUGGUCCAGAUGGAAGGUUUCCUACAUCUUGGAAACAUGCUUUUUUGUUCCCGGUCUAUAAGAAGGGUGAUCGUACGCAAAUCGACAACUACCGUGGAAUAUCAGCUCUGUGUGCUAUAUCUAAACUGUUCGAGCUAAUCGUGCUGCAACCUAUUACCUCGCAUUGCCAGAAUAGCAUAGCUGACGAACAGCACGGAUUUCUACCGAAACGUUCCUGCACGACGAACCUAAUGUGCCUAACAAGUUUUGUUGUCGACAGCUUUAGCGAAAGAUCACAAACGGACACGAUCGACACGGACCUCUCAGCCGCAUUUGAUAAAAUAAACCAUCGUGUUGCUGUCGCUAAACUCGACCGUUACGGCUUCAGCGGCCACCUUCUGAGCUGGUUAGAAUCCUAUCUAAUGGGACGUACACUGAGUGUUAAAAUCGACGACGAAAUCUCCCAAUCGUUUUCCGCUACUUCCGGGAUCGCCCAUGGAAGUCAUCUUGGCCCACUAGUGUUCCUGCUUUAUUUCAACGACGUUCACUACUCCGUAAAAUGCCCUCGUCUAGCAUUCGCCCAUGAUUUGAAGCUUUUCAACAAAAUAAAACAUACCACCGACGCCACUUUUCUUCAGCAACAACUUAACAUAUUCGCCAACUGGUGCGAGUUGAAUCGAAUGACACUUAACCCAUCCAAAUGCUCCGUGAUCACGUUCACUAGAAAACUUCGGCCACUACAUGUUGAUUACACCCUUAACGGUUCACCAAUACGACGAGUCGAAUUCAUCAAGGACCUCGGAGUGCUUCUGGAUGAAAAACUCACCUUUAAACAACAUAUAUCUUUCAUCGUAGCGAAAGCUUCCAGACAACUGGGACUAAUUUUCCGAAUGACGCGUGAUUUUAAAAACAUCCACUGUUUAGUCACGCUCUACUGUUCGCUGGUUCGGUCUUCACUGGAGUACUGUUCAACGGUCUGGAUCCCUCACUAUAACAAUGCUAUCCAUCGAAUUGAAAAGAUCCAGCGGCGGUUUGUACGUUAUGCCCUUCGAGCGCUCCCUUGGCGGCAACCUAUGCGUAAUACUAGGUACGAGGAUCGCUGUCAGCUUCUUCAGAUCGACACUCUCCAACUACGCCGAGGAACAGCGCGUGCUAUGCUAGUAUCAGAUAUGCUAACAUCACGAGUUUACUGCCCUGCCAUUCUUCGCCAAAUCAACCUGAAUGCCCCCACUAGAACUCUGCGAAGGAUGCCAGCGUUGCUAUUGCCCUUUCGUCGAACUAACUACAGCUCUAAUAGUGCCAUCAUCGGUAUACAACGCGCUUUCAACAGAGUAUCACAAGCGUUCGAUUAUCAUUUAUCGUUUAGUGUUAUACGCUCGAAAUUUUUGUUACUGUUCCGUCGACUUCUAUAUUAG